AUAGUUCAGAUUUUAGAAAAUAUGGAAUUUAUUGCAAGCGUAGCGUAGCGGAGCGCAGCAAUAAGUUCUAUAUUUUUUAAAAUAUGAACUAUAACUGGCUUACCGUUUGAACCCACUUUCCUGGAAUAAGUCACGUACACAGUGUCAUGUAAUGCAAAUCCCGCCCUUACUAGUAUAGAUUGACAGGCCAACACCUGGUCGGAGUGUUGUGAGCUGUCAAUCAAAGUCUUGCGUUUUAUAUGUAUUUGCGUUCAGUGUCUGGACAUCAUUAGUCCUCAUGGAGCAAUCCAGCGAUCAGGUUGUCUUUGAAAUAAUGAAUAUAGAUGAUGACUUUUACAGAAAUUACAUUUUUGAACCGUUUCCUGUGGAAAAUGCUGAUGUCACAGUGUCACAGUUGCUUACUAUCAAUACGCAGGAUUUAUAUGCUACUGAAAACAAAGAGAAUUGUUCAGACACGAGCAGAGGCAAUAUCUCGGGCCGAUUCGAAAAGCCUUUGUCGUCUGAUGACAUCAAGAAGAAACAGAGAAAUACAGUGCCCUAUAAUACGACUAAAAACAACAACUGGGCAGUGCACGUCUGGAGGGAGUGGGCUGAAAACCGCAACCUACAACCGGAGACUAAGCAAGAACCUGGUUAUCCUAUUCCCGUUGAAAUAGAACAGUUCCGUUCCUAUGCAGAAAUGGAUUUUUGGUUACAACGAUUCAUCUGUGAAAUUAAAAGGAAAAAUGGUGAAUUUUAUCCUCCAACAACCUUACAAAACAUUGCUGCAGGACUACAACGGUAUCUUCGAAAUGAAAAAUCCAUGCACGUGAACUUUUUUAAAACAGACGAUCCUGUUUUUACUGAAUUUCGCAGGACAUUGGAUUCACGCAUGCGCGAGUUGACUAACGAGGGCAUAGGGAUCGAAGUCAAAAGUGCAGACGCAGUUACGGAAGAAGAUGAAGCUUGCCUUUGGGGUUCCGGUGUGUUUUCAGUAGACAAUGCAAAAGGAUUAAGCAACGCAGUAUUUUUUUAUAACGGGAAAGUGUUCGGUCUGAGGGGCGGCGAUGAACAGAUUGGGUUACAAGCGGAACAGUUUAUUACUGGGUACGAUUCUGCAAUCAAACGGAGAUUCGUUAAAUUCCUGCCCAGGAUAAGAAAAAACACUCAAGGGGGUUUAAAGCAGUCCAAAAAAGCAGCCAGCUUAAUGCAACCAAUAAUUCAUUAUGACCAGGAGAAAGAGAAUAGUUACAGUAUUUAUAAAAUAUAUGAAAGUUAUUUGAAUUUGAUUCCAAGGCGUGGAAACUUUUACCGCAAACCAUUGGAUGGUUUGAAUUUCAGUUCUGGAACAAUACCACAAAAGGAUUUAAAGGGAUAUUUGAAAAAUAUGUUUAUUCAAGCAGGCAUUCCUUUGGAUAAUAGAAAUAUAAGUAAUCAUUCCGGUCGAGUGACUCUAUGCACAAAGCUUUUUAAUAAAAGAUACUCGGACAAAACUGUAAAAAAACCGUUCCAAACAUAGCUCCGACGCCGUACAAAGAUACGAGCGUGAACAAAUUUCAUUGCAAUCGAAAGUUUGUGCCGAUCUAGAACCAGUUGUAGCAGGACCUGUUAAAAGUGACAAUGAAACUGAAGUAAAAUCUGUUAAAAUCUCCCGUGAAAAGUGUGAGGAUGAAAUGAAUUUGCUAAAUAAACAAUCAGAAUUACCAAUUUCAGACGACAACGUAUUAACAAUUCGUGUUCCGACAACUGUUAAAAAAGUUGAGAUUUUAACUAAAUGUGGCAAAAAGUUUGUCAUGGAAUUAUAAAAAAAAAUGGAUAGUUUGUAUGAUUUUAAAGAUAUUUGUUAGUUACGAACUUUGAUAUUUCUGUAAUUGAAUCACUCCAUGUGUUUUAUUUUCAAUGAUCAGCCACAAUUCCAAUGUCCGAAUUGUUACUAUGGCGAAUUGUUACUAUGACGGUAUAGGUGUUUAAGUUCAGUUUCAGUAAUUUUUAUGCAUUUGAUAAAUGCUUGGAUUUAUAAAUAAUUAUAACAGUAUGAAAUCGCAUUCUUAUUUGUUUUCUUUAUUCGCAUGAUACAUUCAUUGCCCAAUUUAAAACUCCGCCCACAUCCAGAACUUCGUAUUUGCAAGAUACCACGUCAAUACCUGUAAAAAUAAGUCAACUUAUUUUUCACAUACACCAGUCCCGGUAUGGUGUAUGCAAUAUAUUUCAAAUAAAUUUGAGCUUUUGAUUGGAUAAGAAAGUGGGACAAA